GUUUUUUCAUCUCGACAUUCACUAACAAGGUUUGGUUCCAGAAAUCUGUCAAUAGAAAAUGAGGAAACAAAAGUGAUAUUUCACAUUGAGAUUAAAGAUGUCAAACAAGAUCGGUGAUCCAAACUUUUCUAACACCAAAAAAAUCAACAAGAUAAACUUUGUAACACCAUUCACCAAAUCUUACAGGCUUAACCAAAACUGGGAUCUCAAAAAUGGUUACACCGUACGGCCACAAGAGUCCUACUUAAAAAAAGACAACUUCUUAUACAUAGAUGAAGAUGUUAGUGACUAUGAUGAGGAAACUACAAAAUCGACAGACGACCGAACGACGGACGAUUUAGGAACAUGUAUCACGGCUAUUGGCAUUAUUUGUGUAAUUUUCCUGCCGGUCUGUGCUAUUCUUGUUGCCGUUGGAGCGUCCACGCCGUAUUGGUAUGACACGGCUGGAACACACAGUAUUGGGUUGUUUCAGAGGUGCGACCAUUCGACAUCGACUUGUGAAUACAUUGACACCUACCUCACAACUGCAUCUUCUUACAUGAAUUUUACGUGGAAGUUAGUGACCGGAUUAGAACUGUCUGGGGCGUGUCUUUUGUUGUUGGCCUCUCUAUUUUCCUGCUGUUAUCUGGCGUGUAAAGAAAUUGACUAUUCCAAAACCAGCUAUGGCAUUCUCAUCUCCGUUGUUAUCAUGCUAGGAGCGGGGUGUGCAGUAAGUGGCACAGUUUUGAUGACGUCAUAUUACAUCACCAAUCUACAGACGUGGACAUUAGAUUGGUCAUUUUACACAGCAGCUGUGGGGUCCGGCAUUUCCUUCCUUGUUUUCUGUCUUUAUAUUUUAUAUGUGUUUUUGUUAACUUUCGCUGAUUAAAAUAUUUGCACACCUACA